AUGAAUGAAUAUGUGUUUUGCAUCAAUAAAUUUAUUAUCUAAAACACGUGUUUAGGGAAAGUAUUGAAUGUCAUUAAAUUAAAAACAAAGAAAAUAAAUACCCUUGAAUAUCAUAUAAUUAAAUUAACUUAAAAUUAAAAAAGAUACUCAAAGAAAAAAAAGAAAAACAAAAAAUAAAUUAAAAUGUCUGAAGCCGCUAAAGCCGCCGCCAUCAAGAGAUCUACUGGUUCUUCCAAGCCCUCUUCUAAGACUUCUACUGGUUCCUCCAAGAUCAGCGAAAAAUACUACUCUGGUGAAUCUGGUAUUAAGGUUCAACCUAAAAGUGUAUUGAUUAUCUCUUUGGUUUAUAUGGGUAUUGUUCUCCUUUUACACAUCUUCGGUAAAUUACGUGGUGGUUCUGCUCCUACUGGUGCUACUACUACUGAUGCUUGA